GCACGCAGGAAGUUCCUCUCCUGUCGAGAGCGCGAGCUAUGACGUAAGCUGCUUGCCGCGCAGUGAUGAUGGCGGCGCGUGAACGCGCAGUAAAAGUAAUGGCUGCUGUGGAUCGGCGGGUGCCUAGCCUCGAGGAUUUCGUGGGUCAGAGCUGGACCGCCUGGGCCGACUGGGCCGGUGUGACAGCGGCGGAGGGGCCCGACGUGGACGACUGCAGCAAGAAUGGCAAAAAGGCUGCAGAGGCCAUGUCACUCAGUAAGGAGGACAUGUCCAUCUUUGGCCUCUACCCCGGCCACGAUGACUUCUACCUGGUGGUGUGCAGCCACUGCGGCCAAGUAGUGAAGCCGCAGGCGUUCGAAAAGCACUGCGAGCGACGACACGGCCCCCUGUCCAAGCUGUACGCCCGACUGCGCUCUCCCACCCCCGCACCCCAGCCACAGCAGAGGCCUCACCACGGCCAUUCUCCUUCCCAUGGGACCAAUGCUGCUUCCGCCUCAUCCUGGGAUGGUCGUGGCCAGGGGGUCGGGCAGCCACGGGCAGCCCCACCUUCGCCUUCCACUCCACCUCAAUACAGACACUCCAAGAACUCCAAGGAUGGAGUACGACAUUCCCCGCUGGAGAAGUCCUCCCACAGCAGUCACACAGAGUCAUCGGUAUUCAAGCAGCCGCCACCUCUGGAGCCCUCGAUGAGCUCUCCACCUCCGUCACUCAGAGAUCCGCCCUGGCCGCAUGGAGGCACCCCGCCUGGCAGGCCCUCGCCCAGUGACCGGCCCCCCACCCCGAGCCAGAGGAAGGACUCCCCUCUGUCCUCUCCAUUGCCGAGCCACCGCGUCCCCAGACCCUACAACAAAGUGGCCUCCACUGAGAUGCUCUGUGUUUCCUCAGAGAGGGAGUGUGACUUGGACAAACACUGCGGCGUCCUCGACCCCGACAGGAAGAAGGUCUGCACUCGCCUCCUGACAUGCAAUAUCCACUCGAUCCACCAGCGAAGGAAAGUGAUGGGCCGCACCAAGAACUUUGACCAGCUAGUGGCGGAACUGAAGACCAAGGUUCGUGAGAAAGGGGUCCAAUCCCUGGAUGGAGGCUCCUCUACCGGCCGAUCCCCCAGCCCGGAGGCCCCCAGGGAGCAGGCUGGGGCUCCACACUGCAGGAGACCUCUGGCCAGUCUCCCUGCUUUCAGUCGGUCUACUGCCAUGUCGGAGAGCAACUCAGAGGAGGAGAAGCAGCGGCAGGAUGAGGGGAGUCUCCGAGCUCCCUCGCCUCUGGUACACGGACGAAUCUCCAGCGAUGAAAGUGAAGCAGAGGCACCCGAGGAGCCCCCGGAGUUCCCAUCUUCUGUUGCACAUCCCAGACCACUAGCGGUAUGUUCAUUUGGCAGCCAUGCACUGGGUCACGGCAUCUUCACGUUUGACAGGAGACUUCAUCACCUGCGGUCGGCUCUCAGCAGCAUGCUGGAGCAGCACAUCAGCACCCAUCUUUGGAAGAAAAUACCUCAAGCCACAGACCUUCAAUCUCCACCUUCCUCAACCAAGACCAUCUCUUCCUUGUCUCCCUCGUCCGUAGCCACCACUUCCUCCUCUUCAUUACAUUCUAAGGUCCGCACAGGAAGUCAAAUCAGCUCCUCCCUCAAAACCACAUCCUGUUCCUCCUCUUCUAGUAGUCGUGGUCCAGGUAGACCCGUGACAGCCAUACAAUCAGAGAACUCCGGGGGCAGCGGCGGCGGCAGCAGCAGCAUCGGGGGCGUCCAUCUGGGGUCUCUGGGUAAGCCCGUGGCGGUGCGUCAGGCGGGUACCGGGCGAACCAAGAACCCCGUGGGGCGUCCCAGCAAGCAGAUGCUGAAGCUGCGAGAGGAGGCCGCUGCUGCCGCUGUCGUCCGCAAACGUAAAGCCCCGUCCCAGGAAGGGGAGCACUCAGGCCCCGACAGGAACUGCAUCCUCCUCCAGGACAGGGGCCGCCCACCUUCGGCCGCCUCUUCCUCAUCUUCUUCUAAACCCCCCAUUUCCUCGCCUCUCCCACACGGACAAACCAAUGGCACGCUUUCCCCCAGCAGCAAACCCCGCCCCCAGCCCUCCCCGUCAGAAUCCCAUUCACCAGCCGCCAAGGCGGUCUGGACCUACAGACGGACACACACCCCUCUGGGCCAUUCAUCACCCCCAGAUCUCUCCUCCGCCACCAACAACUCCCACAGCAGGGGCGGCGUGGGGGACUCAGGACUGCACGGGCCGGGCAGCGGUAGGGGCUUUGAGCACCAGGGACUUGUGAAGAAACGCAAGGGGGGAGGCAUGGAGGAGCAUUCGCCGUCAUCCAAACCCUCAGUGCACCGCCUACCCUCCUCCUCUUCCAGCUCCGCCACCUCUUCCUCCUCUCCACGCUCGAACUUUUACCCCUGGAAGGACAGCAAAGGCGGGGGGCUGGCUGGGGGCGUGGAGAAGAAACUGGGCACACAGAAGCCAAAACUGCACCAUUAAGUGUGCCUGCCUUACAAGCCACUAAGAGGGAGCCAGCUCUACUCAGUCCAAGACUGGGGCAACAGGACUCAUGUGUGUGUGCGUGUGCAAGUGUUUGAGUGUGCGUGCGUGAGUGUGCGUGCGUGUGUGCACGCUUGCAGUCAGUGCAGUAUGGAUGUCAGUUGGGUGUGUCUGUGUGAAUGUCUGAGGGAGAACUGGAUGUGGGAGGAUGGGAUGAAAUUCAGAGAAUGGAUUUAGAAAUACCUCAAGACCAUCCGGUUAUGCUGCUAAAUUAAAUAUGUUGGUUUAUAAAAAUGGAUUAAAAAUGUCCUUUACACUUGG